GAAAAAGCAAAAUAUAGAUUAUAGACCGUAGAGCAGACACAGACACAGAAAGGAGGAAAGGAAAGGAGAGACAGAAGACGGAAGGCUUCGGCGCUUCGCUAUCCAACCACCCAUCUCUCUGCACAACCUGCUACAAUGGAUCCCAACCUCCAAACUGUAGAGCAGCCUGAGUGCAAAGUAGAAGAAGACCAGGACGAAAUUACCAUUUGUUCAUCCAAAUCCUCAACAUCCAUCACUCCUCUAUCUACAGCUUCCAUCUCUCUCUCCCUCUCAACCGUCCUCCCAACCCAUUUCCUCCUUCCCCCCAAAUCCUCUCUACUCUCCCCUCAUCCCACCAAGGUCAAAAUCCCUUCCCAGAUAUCUUCACUAUCUCACCUCUCUCUUUCUUCCUCCGUUGCUCCUCCCAAACCAUCGUUCAAGUCUACCAUCUCGGCUUCCCCACUUCAAAUCCCCCUCUCCCGUGGCCCCCGCCGAUCUUCCGAUCCGUCCAACCCCACCGGCGUCCGUCGCUCGUCCAUCGUGUGGUUCCGCAACGACCUCCGUGUCCAUGACAAUGAAUGCCUGACCUCCGCAAACAACGAGUCCAUAUCGGUCCUUCCGGUUUACUGCUUCGACCCCCGUGACUACGGUAAAUCUUCGUCCGGGUUCGACAAGACAGGUCCUUACCGUGCUACAUUCUUGAUCGAAUCAGUGUCAGAUCUUCGGCGGAACCUCCAAUCCAGGGGGUCUGACCUUGUUGUCAGAAUUGGAAAGCCGGAGGUGGUGUUAGUUGAGAUGGCUAGGGCGAUUGGGGCCGAUGCUGUGUAUGCGCACAGGGAGGUUUCGCACGACGAAGUUCGGGCGGAGGAUAAGAUUGAGGCGGCGAUGAAGGAGGAAGGUGUGGAGGUGAAGUAUUUCUGGGGGAGUACAUUGUACCAUGUUGAUGAUUUGCCUUUUAAAUUGGAGAAAAUGCCAUCGAAUUAUGGUGGGUUUAAGGAGAAAGUGCAGAGGUUGGAAGUGAGGAAGACAAUUGCUGCAUUGGAUCAGUUGAGGGGUUUGCCGGCGAGAGGAGAUGUGGAGCCCGGUGAGAUUCCCACCUUGUUGGAUCUGGGUCUCAACCCAUCUGCCACAAUGGCUCAGGAUGGAAAACCAGCUGUCAAUGCUCUUGUAGGAGGAGAAACAGAAGCAUUGCAGAGACUUCAGAAGUUUGCAGCUGAAUGCCACUCACAACCAAACAAGGGUGGUAACGAUAGCAGCCGGGAUAGCAUAUAUGGUGCCAAUUUCUCUUGCAAAAUCUCACCAUGGCUAGCUAUGGGCUGCCUCUCUCCCCGUUUCAUGUUUGAUGAACUAAAGAAAUCCGCAAUCAGAACAAUAUCUGCUGCUGCACCCAGGAAAGAUGGUGGUAGUGGCUCAUCUGAUACUGGAAUGAACUGGUUGAUGUUUGAGUUGUUAUGGAGAGAUUUCUUCAGGUUCAUCACCAAGAAGUACAGCUCUACUAAGAAGCAACUUGAUGGUGCUCCGGCCACGGCUUGCACGGGUGCCCUUGCAUGAAAGAGAACUCAUAGAAUGGAGAUAAAAGGAUAGUUUAAAUUACAAGGUAGAUAGAACUUGGUUAUUUCCUUCCAUCUCUAUGAUCUGGCUCAAAAAUGUUUGUAUAGGGUUGAAAACUCAUCUGUAUUUGGGUUUAAGUUUAAUCUGCUUUAGGGGACACGACUUAGACAUUGAGGAUCCGAGAUUUGGUGCCGUGGACAUUUUGUAUGUAUAUCCUCGAAUUAGUUACAAAGUCAACAUGGGGAUAUACACGAGGUCUACUUUUUAUCCUUCCCACCAUUUUCCCAGCCUGCCCUUCUUUAUUUUCUGCUUUUGUAGUUGUGGCUGAAAUGGGAUUGUUAUCAUCUCAUCAGGAAUAAAAAACAUUUGAUAUAGUCUUUAGUAACUACUGCAA